CAUUUUUUCCCCAAAUCUAUCUUCUUCUUCGACUCCUUCUUUUUCAAUUUCAAUACUCCAUAGCAAGAAAAAAACCCUAAUUCUUCAUCUCCGGUCAAUUAUUGCUCGUCUUCGUGUUGUUCUUUUGAUUCCAGAAUCUGUUCUUAUCUUCGAUGGAGUCGUGGACUUUGAAGAAUGGGAAACCAGUGACUCCGGUGAAGGAUCGGAGCAAGUUUCAGUCCAAGGUUCAAGAGAAUUCCAGAUCGUCGGAGAAUGCAAACCCUAACAUUUCACACGCGAGUCCGGCUAAAUCUCCGAUCACGAAAUCUGCGAAGAAAUCGGCGCAGAAGAAUCAGAGUCCAAACCCUAAAAAACCUAGUCAGGCGGUUUCCUCUCCCCGGAAUCGGAUCAGAGAGAGGAAGUUUGUUGUGGUGGCGAAGAAGAAUUCGAGGAAAGGGAAGAAGGAUCCAGCGGUUACAGAAUCGAAAGUUGCUGAGAUAGAUUGUAAAUGCGGGGAGAGGAAGAAGGGGAACAUGAAGUGUGUUUGUGUUGCAUAUGAAACUCUGCGUGCUUCACAAGAGGAGUUCUUCAAAAAUCGAAUUCAAUCAGAGGAGGAAAAGGGAGAUUUGGAGGAAUGUUGUAAUCUCGGACAAAAUGUUGGAGAUGGAGGAGGAUCCGGGGAACCGGAGAAAACAGGCGCUUCUACAAUGAAGAGGUCAAGGGCCAAAGUUGUUGAAGAAGCACGGCAAAGCGUGGCUGUAUCUGGUAAAGUAAUGAAUCUUGUAGAAGCAUUUGAGAAACUCACUUGCUUUAGUAAUUCAAAGACUGCCAACAAGAAAGAAGAGAUUAAUCAAACCGAAGAGGAUACGAAGAAGCCGGUGAAGUGGGAAUUGCCUGGACUGAGAGAGGAACAUAAGUUCAUGGAGGGAGAGAAAGAGCAAAAUCCAUGGAGUUCUUCGUUUUGUCCAUCUGAAUUGGUCUUAACAGCUAAGAAUCUGGGGUUAGACCCCAAUGCUUCGAUUUCUUCGUCCUGGGACAGCACCCGCGGCAGUGCUAUGAGUGGGAGUUCAAAUACUGGCAGGAGAAGCAGAAGAAAUAGCAUGGACUCAUCGACUACAAUGGGAAGUAGAAGAUCAAAGAAGAAGCAGGUUAAGGUCACUUCACUGAAGCCGUUUAAGCUUAGAACUGAGCAAAGAGGUAAAAUGAAAGAGGAAGAGUUUGCAAAAAAGAUUCAUGAAAUAACGUUGGAGGAAGAAAAGUUGAGAAUCCCCAUUGCUCAAGGUCUUCCAUGGACAACUGAUGAACCUGAGUGUCUAGUUAAGCCUCAUUGGAAAGAUAUAACUAGACCAGUCGACUUGACGCUUCACUCAGAUGUCCGGGCAGUUGAACGCGCAGAAUUUGAUUACCAGGUUGCGGAGAAGAUGAACUUCAUUGAGCAAUACAAAAUGGAAAGAGAAAGACAACAGAAGUUGGCAGAGGAAGAAGAGAUAAAAAGGCUGAGGAAAGAAUUGGUCCCAAAAGCACAACCAAUGCCAUACUUUGAUCGACCAUUCAUUCCAAGAAGGUCGAGCAAACAUUCAACUGCACCACAAGAUCCCAAGUUCCACAUACCGCAGCACAAGAAGAUCAGAUGCUGCAGUUCAUCUUCUUGGAGUGAAGCUGGCUCCUGCAUGAGCGAUUUCCAAUAUCAGUUUCUCUAAAAAGCUUCUUUUGGGUUUACAACUAUAUCAUCCCUGUCCAUAUUCUCAUUUUCAAAACUAUAUUACCUUCUGUAAGCGAUUCAAUGAAGCAACCAAUUAGUUGCAGUUUCAUAGAUUUGACAAUCAUUCGUGUUCCACCUUUGUAAUAAUCUGGUCUACGCCUAAAAAUGAGAAAGUUUCCACAUUUGUUUGCAAAA